CUCAUCUCCUUCGCAGAAAAGGAAAGUGAAUAGGCAUUUUUCCAAUAAUCAUUUAUCUUCUUCACCCAUUGUCAAUCAAUUCGCACACGAUUAGAGCUCCUUAACAAAACCAUAGACACAGCAUCUCUCUAUCUGCAACUUUAGUCAUGGCGUCACGGGUUGGAUCAACGAGCUAUGAUGUGUUUAUCAACUUCAGAGGGGAAGACACCCGCGAUACCUUCGUUGGCCACCUUUACAAUGCUUUCAAGGUUCGUGGAAUUCAUGCUUUCAUUGACAGCAAAGAUCUGUGGAAAGGAGAAGAUAUUGGGGAGCUUCUCCAAGCAAUAAAAGUGUCAGACCUCUCAAUUGCUGUCUUCUCUAAGAGAUACACAGAGAGUAGUUGGUGCCUCAAGGAGCUUGCUCAGAUGGUAGAAUGUCAUAGAACCAAUGGACAAGUCAUUUUUCCCAUUUUCUUCAAGGUCAAGACAUCGGACGUUAAGAAUCAAACUAGAUGUUUUGAGAUUUCGCCUCACAGACAUGGCAAGGAGGCACCUAAAACUCUGCGAAGAUGGAAGGAAGCUUUGCGAGCGGUAGGAGACAAGAGUGGAUGGGUUUUUCAGGAUGGGGAUCUAUCAGAGUUAGUGAAUUCAGUUGUUCAACAAGCUUGGAUCCGAUUGAACAUGGUCCCCUUGAUUGGUGUUAAACACCCUGUUGGAUUGGAAUCCCGGGUACAAUCUGUGUUGUCCCAACUAUAUUCUAAUAUCUGUUCUAAGGAUGUUCAAUUCCUAGGGAUAUGUGGUCCGGGUGGCAUCGGGAAAACAGCUAUUGCAAUAACCGUAUACAAUCGCAUCUUUAGAAACUUUAGUAAGAGUUGUUUUCUUGAAAACAUUGGAGAGGGAGCAUCACAUCCCAAUGGUAUGGUUUUCUUGCAAAAGAUAUUUUUGAAAAAGAUUUAUGGGGAGAAAAUUAAAAUAUCCAAUUCUAGAGAAGGAUCAAGUUUGAUAAAAAAAUUUCUUGUAAAAACAAAUACUCUUCUCAUUCUUGAUGAUGUGGGUGAUCAUACCCAAUUAAAAGCAUUGGCUGGUGAUCUCAAUUGGUUUGGCCCUGAAAGUAAGAUAAUCAUAACAACUAGAGAUCAGGGCGUUUUAGGUGGAAUUGCUAAAAAUAAUAGAAAAAUAUAUGAGCCCAAAGAAUUGAAUGAAGAAGAAAGUCUUCGACUCUUCAGCUCGCAUACUUUUUCAACAGAUCAACCUCCUGAUGAUUAUAUGCAGCUUUCAGUUGAUAUAGGACGCACUACAGGAGGUUUGCCCUUAGCCUUGGAGGUUUUGGGUUGUAAUUUAUCUUUCACAGAAGAUAAAGAAGUAUGGAAAAGCAUGCAUCGGAGGUUGAAACAAAUUCCCCAUGAUGAUGUCUAUAGAAAGUUAAAAAUAAGUUACGAUAAUCUGCAAGAUGAUAUUGAGAAAACUAUUUUUCUCGAUGCUGCGUGCUUUUUCAUAGGAGAGAAGGAUGAAAUUGUAAUUUCCAUAUGGGAAGCUUGUGGUUUUGAACCGAGAUGCCGAAUAGAAGGUCUCAAGAGAAAAUCCCUCUUAAGGUUUAAUGAGUUGAAAGAGUUGUGGAUGCAUGAUCAAAUUCGUGACAUGGGAAGGAGAAUUGUCAACAAACAAAAUCUUUUGGAACAUGGUAAACAAAGCAGGUUAUGGUCUCGUGACGUAAUCAUGAAGAUAUUACAUGGUGGUAAGGGGAAUGAAAUUGUUGAAGGUAUCUUGCUUAGCUUCAGUUCAGAAGACAACACUCGUUUACACAUAGAAAACUUUGAGAAGAUGUCCAAGCUAAGAUUACUACAAGUCGAUGGAGCAACAUUGGAGGGAAGCUUUCAAUGUCUUCCUUCUGGGUUAAAAUGGCUUAGAUGGAAGGGAUGUCCGUUGGACGAAAUACCUGCCGAAUUUUAUCAUGAAAAAUUAGGUAUGCUGGACUUAAGUCAUGGCCAAUUUAAACAAGCUUGGAAUAGUUGGCCUGAAAAUCAGUUGUUUGGACAGUUGAAGGUUCUUAAACUCAGUUGGUGUUCAUCUCUAUCUAAGUCUCCCAAUUUCUCAGGAUUUCCUGGCUUAGAGAGGUUGUAUCUUGAUAAUUGCAGUUCUUUGGUUAAUUUACAUGAUUCCAUUGGGCAGAAUCAGAAGCUUGUUUACUUGAACUUGGAAAAAUGCUCCUCUCUUGAAGAACUCCCAAACAGUAUACAUAGGUUGAGUUCUCUCCAAAAGUUAAUGCUCAGCCAUUGCAUCUCACUCAACAAGUUUCCUGAAUCCAUUGGUAAUUUACAAGAAUCAUUGGUGGAGCUUUAUUUGACCGGAACAAAUAUUAAAGUACUUCCUGAUUGUGUUGGACUGUUAAAGAAAUUAGAAGUAUUGGAUCUUUCACUUUGCCAUGAGCUUCUGAAUCUACCAAGGUCAAUGGAGAAUAUGACAUCUCUGCGUCGCAUUGAACUUAGUGGGCAUAACAAGCUUCGAUGCAUCCCAAAGCUGGACUCUACUCUAAUUCAACUCUUUAUUCAUUACCAAUCAUCAAAAUUCUUAUCCACAGAUUUUGACGAGAUAUAUUUAGUUGAUGCUUUUCCACUCCAACAUUUUAAUAUGUCAAUGUCUGCUACUGCUGCUGCUGCUGCUGCUGCUGCUGCAGUUGUGUUAUCACAAUCCUUAAACCCAGACUUUGACAAUCUAGAUACAACUGAAGACAGAUAUCUCUUUAGGAAGGUGCUGCUUCGAUGCAUACCAAAACUGCGCUCUAUACGACUUCGAUGCAGAUCAAAGCUACGCUUUAUGAUCCUUCGAUGCAUAACAAACCUGCCGUCUACUACUUUAAUUCAAAUGCGAGGGUAUAUUCAUUACGAGUCAAAAUCAGUAACCAUAGAUUUGCGACGCAAUUGUUGGACUGUGGAGUUUCGGAAGUUAAUGAGGAUAUUUUAUUUUUCUAGUGUUUCUAUUCAUCUUCUUUCUCACUUUGAUGAUGAUGUCUUGUUAUUCUUUUUCCUUUUCCUUACUUUCAUUAUGUCUUGUCAUUUCUUUCCCUUCUCCGGACCUUUUUCUCGUUGGAAGCAUUUGUUAUUCGUUUCUGCGCUCUAUCUCCCUGAGCUCUUUCUUUGGUAUCAUACUUCAAAGAAUGUCAUGCUCCAUUUGGUGUUUAGAGAAACUUUCUUUGGCCCUGUUUUUCCUUCUUGGUUAUGGGAUGUGUUGUUACUCUUUCAUUUACUUUUUGUUACCUUCAGGAUGCCUCGUUGUUAUUUGGCCUUCCACACUUUUCCCAUCGGGGCUUUUUUGUUGUUUCGUUACUUUUCAUUGGCCCCGUUUUCCCUUGUGUCUUGUUGCUUUUUUUCCAUUUUUUUCCUUUAAUGAUGUCUCCUUCUUUUUCCAACCUUUUUCUCACUGGGGGCUCUGUUGUUGGUUCGCUGCUCUCGCAGAAUAUAGAAACUAUCUUUGGCGUCGUAUUUCCUUUCUGUUGGUUUUGGCUAUUGCUCAUUCUUGUGUGUUUAUUAGACUAAACCGUGGAAGUCGCUCCGGAGUGAGAUUUAUUUUCAGGUAAUAUUUUCUCGCACACCAUAAAUGGCAGAGGUGACAGAAAAAUAUUUAAUUCAUUAGAUGGAAAGAAAAUAGAAGAUGUGGGACUAUACAUUGCAACUCCCUGCAUCUCAACAAAGAAAAGCAGCAACACCUCCUCCUUCGAGAGUAGAAGCAACCACACCAAGGCCAACGCAUUCAACCAAAGAUAUCAGACACAACAAAGCUGGCUGUUACAGGAUAUUCUGGCCUCCUCGAUACCAUGAUAGCCCCUCGGACGACAUAGAGACUGACUGACUGCAUCAACACUUCAACAGUGGAGUACUGGUAGCAGGGUUAACUCCUAAGCCACCUCUCGACCCAUACUUAAACAAACGGCUUGAAUCUGUUGAUGCGAUUAUGAUGUGCUCGUUCAAAUGCUUGAAUGGGAUCUGUCGCGAAUGUGUGCGAGUCACGAAUGUGAGUUUCCAAAGUUUCCAAAAGGGGGGCAUGCAAUCCCCUGUUUCAGCUCUUGGGGCCAAGGUGCCCAACCAGAGGCUUGGUGGGGAUUUUCGUUUCAGUGUCUGCUCUUGUGGGCUUCUGGCGGAUGAGUCAUAUGGGUCUCACAUCGUGGUUGCUCAGCUUGGGGUGAGAGUUGAACUCGGUGGCAGUCUCCAACAGUCCACUGCCUUAUUUUUUCGGAUGAAUCAUGAACCCACUCCUUUUUUAUUUAGUAUUCCAUUCAAUCAUGUUUGAUUCCUUGCUUGAUCUUGCUGGAUUUGCUUAUGGCUUAAUGUACAUAUUCCAUUUUCCAUUUUCUGAAAUUAGAUAUUGAGUGAAUUGAUCCCUGAAGAUCCCUUUAUUUGCAGAGUAAUUCAUGCACUGACCACUCUAUGGAAAUGUACUCUUGUUAAUUUUACUAACGUAGUCUCUGUUUUUGAAAUUUAUUCAUUGGAUGAACUAAGAUUUACUCAUUUUAAGUAAUUACAGUGUGGCCCGAGGCCAUUGACUGAAUUAUGAUUGAUUUUCUUUCACAUCUGAUAUGAUUUUAUGGCCACGUAGUCGUUGUUGGAUUCUCACAUCACCCAAAACUCUUGGUUGACUGUCUAUGUUUGAAAUGACCAAAAUUCUGGUCCAUAUGGAUAACUUUUAAAAAGCUUAGUGAAGUUAUUUUUAUAUGUGUUUAUGAUCUAAACAAGGUUAAGACGCAAUUUAGCAAACAAUCUAUUGCUUUAGUUAGGAAUGGAUUGGAAUUUUGGAGUACAUGAACUAGAAUUCAUUUUAUUAGUUUCUGUUCAUGAAUUGAAAAGUCUUCGGCAUAUAGGGCCUGCAUCAGUGCUCUGAGUGAGUUAUUUCAGCUCCAUGGUUUCUUUCCCUUGAAUCAAACUUCAAUCAAUCAAGUAGAGCAUUAAGUUCAGUUUUUCUUUUUUUUUUGUGACUAACAAUUAUUUAGUUUAUCGGAAUCUUAAAAUUCUAAGAAGAACAGGAGACUCUGGUUUCUACAGUAAUUUUUUGUGUCUUUUAACAGGUUGGUGUCAUUGAUAAUCCGGUCCACUCGUUCCCUAAUAUAAGAAAGAAGUUCUCCUUGCUGGGGCUUUACAGCCUGUCAUGGGACGAAGGCAUUUCUAAUUUUUGGAGGAUUCUUAUCAUCUUUGUGUGUUCUCAAGUUGGUUCAGCUAGACAUGGUCUAACUAUUGUUGUUGUAUAGCUGUUAUUGCCACAAGCUGCUGUGAACAAUGAUUUCCUUCUUUCAGAGAUUCUAAAUUUUUUGUUUGAUGAUAGCUCCUGCUGUUGGGAGAGCCAAAGGGAGGCAGCUUUGCUACAAGGGAUUCAGGUUGCAAGGUGAAUUUCAGAGAAGCUGUAGGGACAAGGACAAUUUUUGAAGCCGAAUUUAGUGCGGUUAUAUCCGGUUUUUAGCAUGCUCAAUCAUAUAAUGUUCAGAAGCUGUGGAUUGAAUGCGACUCAGUGGCUGUUGUUAUCCUCCUUUUGCAAGGUUUAAUCCCCUGGUUUCUUCUUCAAAGAUGGAGAAAUCUCGGUUCUUAUCUUCUCAGCAUCCAAUGGAAGAUUACCUAUUGCCACCGUGAAGUCAACACUAUUGUAGACUACCUAUCGAAGUCUGUUGCGAAGUAUGAUGAAUCUAAGCCUGUAUUCACUUGGUCUCCUUUGCUUAGUGUGGAGCUCGAAAAGGAUGCAUCUUUGCAUCCUCGGUACAGAUUUUUGUAAUUUUCUUUCUUCUCUGUGACAGGAUCAUUUCUUUAAGGCAUUUAUCCUGCUGAUGGCAAUGCCGAAGGUUCUUGCAGGUGUACAUUGUACAGAGAGGUGCUGUCAGACCUUUGAUUGAGAUGCUUGAGUCUCCAGAUGUACAACUUAAGGAAAUAUCAACCUUUGGAAUGGGGAGAUUGGCCCAGAUUAAUAUUUUUUUUCCUUUUCUUGGUUUGGAGUUGUUCAAAUCAGAUUGAUAGAAUUGGUGUUGAAAGUCAUUCUUUUGGCAAUCUUUUUAGUGAAUAAUCUUUCUUUUCUUUGUUUUCGGAAUUUGACUGGCGUACUUUAAUGCUUGGAUUACAUAAUUAUUAAGUUUUGGGACU